AUGCUGCCGUCGCUUGUCUCGGGUGCAUAUGAAGACUCGGAGUCGUACUCGGACUCGGACGAGGAGGUCGACGCGUGCGGACAGGCGGAGGUCGUCGAGCCGUCGCCGGUCGCAUCCGGCGGACGCUCUGGUGUCUCGCCCGCACAGGCGGCGCAGGGAAGCAAGCCGCGACUCUUUGCCGUCUCGUCCACCACAUCUGUCGCGUCGUCGACCGAUGAGGCCAGCCGCAAGCGCAAGCGGGUCAUCACCCUCGCUCUGCCUGAUCCGGUGACGGGCGACGAUCCAGAGCAGCCGGGCGUGGGGCCUGUCGCCCCGCCACCGGCCAAGAAGACGCGCCCGCUGUCGGGUCUAGCUGCACUGCUGCCGCCUCCGACACGGGCGACACCUGUUCUGCCAAAGCCGUCGUCGGUCGUGACGCAGCAGGCGCCAUCGCCUUCAACAGCGCGCCCCAAGCGGACCCAGGCCCCUCUCCCGCUGCUCCCGCACCAGAUGACCGCUGCCGGCCGUGCGAAUGCCGCACGCGUCGAUGCAGCCAUCCGCGCCGAGACCCGCGGAGCAGCAGCUGCCGAGCUGUCACAGCAACCGCCAUCAGACGCAGCUGCCGCCACCGCCGCCGCCAUCGCUGCAGCCCGCGCCCGCCGCUCCGGUAAGAGCGUACCAUCCGCACCUGCAACAUCGGCAGCGCCUGCGCCUACGCCACCCAAAUCCAUCGCCGCUCCAGCGGCGUCCCCAUUUGCACCGCGCCGCCGCAAAGCGUCGCCGUAUGUCCCGCCCAGCGACUUUUUCAACCUCGAGGCACCGGCACCCGUGCCCGCACCAGCACCAGCACCCGCAUCCGUGCCAGCACUUGCAGCGCCGACAUCAACGUCUACUGCCGGCAACGGCCUCGCUGGAGUCACCUUUGUCGAGGUGGCCCAGGCUGAUCUCCUCGACACCUCGGGCUAUCAGCCGCAGAUCGACGCGCUCCGCUCGUUGCAGAAGCGGAUGGCGGCGGCCAACGCGGCAGCAUCAGAAGUCUCGAACGAAGCCAAGUCGAAGAACCACAUUUCGCACAUGGUGGUACAGGCCGAGGCCACCCGCCUCCGCAACAUGCACCGUCAGGCCAUGGACGCUGUCCGGCGGUAG